AUAGGCAAUUCAGAUGAAACUUCAGUAGUUUAUAAUUUGGCUUUAAAUUAUCUUUAAGUUUAAUGCAACGGUGUUAAUUCUUGCAUAGAUUUAUCUUCUUUACACGUAUAUUAUGUAAAUAAUGAAGCAUCAUCUUAAUUGGCUGCUUUAAUAAUUGGAUGUUUUUUGGAUAUAUUAUAUAUAGCAGUAAUAAUAAAAGUUAGAAAAGCAGUAAAAUAGACAAAUGAAACAAUAGCUAAUAACGCUCUCAUCAAAGAAGUAUUAGUAGUUUAAAUUCCAAACUAAAACUAAAAUGUAAACACUUAACCUAUUUAAGUUCCACAUUAAAUAAACUCUCCUAUAAGUAUGAAUAAUAACUAACCUCUGCCCAACUAAAAUUAUUUCAACAACCAAUAAAAUAAUCUUUAUAAUUAUCCAAGCAACUUACCAUAAUAGUAAAACUUAAAUCCUGGUAUGCAAUAUUAAAAUUAACAACAUUCAUAUCAGUAUUACUAAUGA